UUUGUUAUUGAGUGAGAGGCAAGAUGGCACUGUGAAAUAGAGAUUUCCCCUCUUUUGCGACAGCAUUUUUAUUCUCUUUUCUUAGUAAGCUUGCAGUGCUGCACAUGUAGAAAACAUGCUAUAAUUAUAUCAAUUUGAAAGGCCAUCAGGAAGUUUCGAACUGCUCAUAACGCACAUUAUAGUUAGGUAGCUAUUCGUUAUCUCGGCUGACAUCCGUUUUUAGAUUGACUCAGUCGUCGCUUUAGCCUUUGAAUGCCGAUUAGACACCAGAUUAAUGAUAUUCGUGUGAAGGGGGAAAUGAAGAGACGCCUUAUUGUUGAGUUUGAACUCACUGGCACGGUUUUAAACGCAACAUAACCGGCACGUUUAUGUAAAGAAACGUCCAUUUUAAUAGCUAUUUGUUCAUUUGACGUCGUGUAUUGAUAGUGUAGGCUAACAAAAAGGCCGUGACUCGGUAUAAAUCAAUCUGGAUGCUAGACAUUUUAAGCACUGACAGACUUAGAAGCGAAGUUUUGGAGUCGUAGUUUUUCAAUUUUAGGAAAGGAUGAAGUCUAAAAUAUCUGUCUGGAAAACAAACGAGUGUUUUAUACGAAUAUUUGUAAUCGUGGAGGAGGAAAUAUUUCCCCCUUUUUACUUUGAUUAUUUUAGCUCGGUGGGGAUGUGUGAAAACAAACAGCCUCAAAUGUUACGCUAGAAACACCUCAGCCUUUCCAAAAGGGUCUUGUAUACAACGUUUAUUAGCCAAGUAAAGUUUAUUUGGCAAAUAAAACAACCCACUCAGAGCACAGAUUUAGAUCAAGAGAUCCUCUCACACAUCUGUGGUUUCGCUAGCCGGUGUGCUAACCUCCACCUCACCCUUCAGAAAUGUCGAAUAUCUUCAACGAAGCUGUGACUUUGAUUAAAGAUGUAAAGCCCGGAUUGAAAAACCUUAAUAUCGUCUUUAUCGUUUUGGAAAUCGGUCGGGUGACGAAGACAAAGGACGGGCACGAGGUGCGCUCGUGCAGGGUGGCGGAUAAGAGCGGCAGCAUCUGCAUCUCUGUGUGGGAUGAGCUGGGCAGCCUCAUCCAGCCCGGGGACAUCAUCCGCCUUACUAGAGGGUAUGCUUCAAUCUGGAAGGGGUGCCUUACACUGUACACUGGACGAGGAGGAGACUUACAGAAAAUAGGAGAGUUCUGUAUGGUGUAUUCUGAGGUUCCUAAUUUCAGUGAACCAAAUCCAGAGCUGCUAGCACAAGCUAACCAGCAGAACAAAACAGGUAAAGAACAGCGGGGAAUUUCUCCACUGAAUCAAAAUGCAGGUACUCCUGCACAGACAGGAAAUGGUACUGUGCCAGUAUUUCUGAAUAACAGUGCUGCACCUGUGCCUCGGGAUCCCAAUUUUGGGGCUCCAAGAAGACCAAAUGGGCGUGUUCCAGGCAAUGGGCCACCCUCAGUAACUGCAGGGGGACCCGCUGCUCCACCCAAUCCCACAGUUACCAUUAGCAAUGGCAGGGACCCAAGACGGGCUUCAAAGAGAUGAGACCGCAAAACAACUUUCAUGUUCCCACUCCUCCCUAAAAUCCUUCCACAAACCAAUACACAAAACAAUGCUGCCAAUUAAGAGAUACGAGGUUCAGUGCUACGGUCUUGCCACCUGUGCUUUUUGCUUUGUCAUGUGCCAAUAUUUGCGUAGUGAUUAUUUGAUAAUCUCAAAAGUUUCGAGUUCAACUUGUUACAGUUAAAAUAUGGCAUACUCUUUGCCUGUUGAGUGCCUGUUCAGUGGCCCACCAUUUAUUUCCUUUCCCUAAAUGUGUUGUUGAACUAUACACCCUACUUGAACACAAUGCACUUUCUGCUGUUAAUUUAUAGUGAAUGCAUUGCCAUGUGAUUCAGGAAUUAUUGACUGUUGUUGCAAAUUGGGGAAAGAACUUCAAAGUGACUAACUACAGUCAUGGCCAAAAGUUUUGGCAGUGACAUAAGUUGUGUUUUGCAAAGUUUGCUGCUUUAAACUGUUGUGGUGUUAAUUCACGUUGUUUCUAGAUUAUUGUGAAGAGUGAUCGGAUGCAUUUUUAAAUA